AUGUUGUUAUUCUUGGUCUUUGCCUUCACGGCGGUAACGGCCAUCUAUAGCUUCUACGCAUGGCACGCCGGCUACUGGAAGCGUCGAGGAAUUCCCGGACCACCGCCUAAACUAUUUUUUGGAAAUUUCUUGGAAAUGGAUAAAUUAGAGAAGCCAGCAGUACUCGUCUUUCCAGAGUGGACAAAGAAAUACGGAAAAGUCUUCGGAGUCCAAGAGGGAAUCCGAAAAGUUUUGGUGAUUAGCGACCUGGACAUGUUGCAGGAGCUUUUUGUGCGGAAAUUUGAUCAUUUCCAUGGAAGGAAGAUGAUGCCGAUGGCCCCGAAUCCCGAUACCGACCCCAGAAUCCACGUAUUCAAUGCCCGGGGCGCGCGAUGGAAGCGACUGCGUGUGCUUACAAACCCGUCGUUUUCCGUCAAUUCAUUGAAAAAAAUGCGGCAUACCGUCGAGGAUUCGGCAAAAGUGUUGUUGGGUCAUAUGGAAAAACACGCGAAUACUGGAAAGGGCUUCGAUAUUCAUAAGUUCUACCAAGAGUACACGAUGGAUGUGAUCGCCCGAGUGGCUAUGGGCCAAAAAGGCAGCCGACAGUUCGAUAAUCCAGCAGUUGCACUAGUGCUAGAGACCUUUAUGCGACGGGUCGACUCCCCAAUUUUCUACUGGAUCCUUGGCACGCCAUUCUGGGCAGAAAUUACCAGGAAGCUGUUCGUCAUGACGGCACAGCUGCGCGGCAGCCCGUUCUUGAAGGUGAUCAAGCUGAUCGAGAGCGCAGUCGAAGAGCGGAGACGACAGAGGAGUGCGCAAACGGAAUGGCAUGAGCCAAACGACUUUAUCGACCUUUUCCUUGACGCAGAAGCGGAGGUGGAGCUGGAUGGGAAAGAGAUUGACAAGAAUUACGUCAAGGUCGAGCGCAAGCUAGGUAAUCAGGAAAUCGUCGCCCAAUGCUUCGUAUUCCUCUUGGCCGGCUUCGACACGACAGCAAAUUCGCUAUCGUACGUCACCUAUCUUCUGGCUACCCAUCCAGAGAAACUCGAAAGAGUGGUAGAGGAGCUGGACCAAGUACUAGGCGACGAGAAGGAAUUCACCUACGAUAUGCUCAACGAACUGAAAUAUUUGGACAACGUGGUCAAAGAGGGGCUUCGGAUGUACCCGCUCGGAGCUUUCGCCAAUUCGAGGACCUGCAUGAAACCAACAACGCUCGGAAACGUCGAGGUCGAAGAGGGGACACUUGUCGUUUCCGACCCGUGGACAAUUCACUACGACAAAGAAAUUUGGGGCCGAGAUGCGGAUGAAUUUGUCCCGGAAAGGUGGGAUGAAGAACGACCCCGCCAUCUUCUCGCCUGGUUCCCCUUCGGCGUGGGCCCAAGACAGUGCAUCGGCAUGCGUCUGGCAUUUUUGGAAGAGAAAAUGGCGAUCGCCCAUCUUCUGCGCAACUACACGAUCUCAGCCGGGGCCGAGACGGAGAAAAAGCUGAACCUAAUCGGCAACUUCACCGUGUCGCCGGCCUCCGUGACUAUCUACUUGAACAAACGGGAGAAGCAU